UUCGAUCAGUGACGGUAUGUGACAGUCACUAAUCAGCGCAGUGAUUGAGGAUUAUUUGAACGAAAAAAGAAAUUGUUGUCAUAGGGCAAAAUUGGCAGAACCAACGGACACCGCAAACACUGCAUCCGGACCGUCGCACGUGGUGUAGGGACCGAAGUGCAUUUUUUGGGCGGAACUCCGUGCAUCGACGGCACCCGAAAACCAAGUCUGGCCUAGAAGUGGUUUGUGCCUCGCAACGGUCAUCGCCGGUCGUCUGAGGGAAGUUGAGCCAACCUCGCUCACUCCGUUACUGCGAGAGUCCAACGCCUGACGGACUUGACAUUCGAAUGUCGCGGGCCGCCUCGGGUAAUUUGCAAGCAUGGCUGACGACACCGAGUACCUCAAGCUUUCCAUCGAGGAGCGCUUUCAACACAAGCUGUGGAAGGCCCGGGUGUCCGGCUACGAGGACGCGGCCCGGCUCUUCGGCACCCUGGACGACCCGAAGAGCCCGGAGUUCUCGCGCUUCCUGCCGCUGCUGAAGGGGGCCGUGGGCGACGCCAAUGCGGUGGCCCAGGAGAAGGGGCUGUGCGCCGUGCUGGCCUUCGUGGAGGGGUCCCAGUGUGCCGGCCGGGCCUGCGGGGACGUGUUGGCGGCCCUGGUGGCCAAGGCCCUGGCGGCGCCCCGCACACGCACCAGGGAGCUGGCCUUGGCCGUGGCCCUGGCCUACGUGGAGGCGGAGCGCCAGGAGACGGUGCUUGAGGAGCUGCUCAAGGGGUUGGACAACAAGAACCCAAAGAUUGUGGCCGCCUGCGUCGGGGCCCUGCGGGAGUGCCUGCGCCUCUUUGGGGCAGGGGUCGUGGCUCCCAAGCCCCUCUUCAAGGCCCUGCCCAAGGUGCUGGAGGACCGGGACAAGGCGGUGCGCGACGAGAGCAAGCAGCUGGCGGUGGAGCUGUACCGCUGGGUGAAGGACGCGCUGCGGCCCCUGCUGCAGUCCCUCAAGCCGGUGCAGGCGGCCGAGCUGGAGGCGGAGUUUGCCAAGGUGGCUGGGGAGGCUGCCGUGCCCGAGCGCUGGCUCCGGUCGGAGCAGGCCCGCAGGGCGCAGUGCACGGAUGCGCCGGAAGACGGGACGGACGGCGGCCCGGACGCGGUGGAGGGCGAAGCCGUCCCCGCGGUGGACGCCUACGAGCUGCUGGAGGCCGUGGACGUGCUCUCGAAGCUGCCCAAGGACUUCUAUGAGCAGCUGGAGGCGAAGAAGUGGCAGGAGCGCAAGGAGGCCCUGGAGAAGCUGCUGGAGCUGGCCGGCCUGCCCAAGCUGGAGGCCGGGGACUACGGGGACCUGGUGAAGGCCCUGCGGCGGACGGUGUCCAAGGACUCGAACGUGGUGGUGGUGGCCCUGGCGGCCCGCUGCCUGGCGGGCCUGGCCCUGGGGCUGCGGCAGCGCUUCCACCCCUACGCCCACUCCUGCGUGGCCACCUGCCUGGACAAGCUGCGCGAGAAGAAGCCCGCCGUGGUGGCCGCCCUGCGGGAGGCCCUGGAUGCGGCCUUCGCCCAGAGCUCCCUGGAGGCUGUGCUGGAGGAGCUCACCGGGGCUCUGGAGGGCAAGAACCCUCAGGUGAAAGCGGAGUGUGCCGCCUUCCUGGCGCGGGUGUUUGCCCGCUCCAUGCCGGCGGCCCUGAACAAGAAGCUGCUGAAGGCCCUGUGCUCCUCCCUGCUGAAGACUCUGAACGACUCCGACCCCACGGUGCGGGAGCCCUCUGCCCUGGCCCUGGGCACGGCCAUGAAGGUGGUCGGGGAGCGGGCCGUGGCCCCGUUCCUGGCCGACCUGGACUCCUUCAAGAUGGACAAGGUGAAAGAGUGUUGCGAGAAGGCGGAGAUCGUUGCGCCGCCGGCCCGCAAGGGAGCCCGCAAGGUCGCCGCUGUUUCCUCGGCCAAGUCUGAGCCAGAGCCAAAGCCGGAGCCAAAGGCGCCGCAAAGGAAGGCGACUUCGUCCGCCCCCAAGCCUCGCGCACCCACUUCCAAGGUGACGGCCGCCAAGGGUUCCUCGGCGCCCAAGGGGAAGGUUUCGGGCACCAGCAAGCCAGCUAUCGGCAAUGGCGUCCCUUCCAAGCCGGCCUUCACAGAGUCUGCCCUGGGGGAGGAGGAAGUGCAGGAGAGGGCGGCGGCCAUCUUCCCGGAGGACACCCUGGCCGCUCUGUGCAGCGCCAACUGGAAGGACCGCCUGGCCGCUGUGGAGAGGAUGCGCGAGGUGAUGGACACUCUGGAAGGAGAGCUGCCCGUGCAGGUGAUUGUCCGGACCCUGGGGCGCAAGCCGGGCCUCAGGGACACCAACUUCCAGGUACUGAAGCUGAAGCUGGAGGCCCUGUGCUGGGUGCUGGGGCGUGGCGGGGUGUCCCCCUGCACGGCGGAGGCCUGCCUGGGCGACCUGGUGGACAAGCUGGGCGACGCCAAGAACGGGGCGGGGGCGGGGGCCGCCCUCACGGCCCUGGCCGAGGCCACCUCCCUGGAGGCGGUGGGGCCCCAGGUGGCCGCCCUCUGCUUCGCCCAGAGGAACCCCCGCAACCAGAGCGAGGCCCUGCUCUGGCUCGCCAACGCCAUCCGGGAGUUCGGGCUCAGGGUGCCUGUGAAGGCGGCGGUGGAGCACGUGCGCACGGGCCUGGGGGCCUCGAACCCUGGGGUGCGCUCGGCCUCCCUGUCCCUGGCCGGGGUGCUCUACCUGCACCUGGGCCCCAGCCUGCGCACCCUCCUGGAGGGCGAGAAGGCCAGCCUGCUCCAGCUGCUCGACGCCGAGCUGCAGAAGCUGGAGGGAGAGAAGCCCCCAGCACCGGUGCGGGGUCCCGCCGUGGCUAUGGCGGCGGCGGCGGACGGUUCGGGUGACUGCGGGACGCCGGAGGACGAGGGUCCAGCGCUGGAGGACCUCGUGCCUCGCACUGACAUCAGCGGCCAGCUGACGGAGUCGUUGCUGUCCGAGCUGGGGGACAAGAACUGGAAGCAGCGGCAGGAGGCCCUCUCCCGGCUGGCCGGACUGCUGGACCAGGCCAAGUUUGUGGAGCCCAGCCUGGGAGACGCCCCGGCCGCUCUCAGAGCUCGCAUGCUGGACCUCAACAAGAACCUGGCGAUCCAGGCCCUGAACAUCUGCCAGCGCCUGGGGGCGGCCCUGGGCCCCCACUGCGCCCCCCACGUGGUGGUCCUGGCACCCGGCAUGCUGGCCGCACUCGGGGACACCAAGCCGUUGGUGCGAGCGGCGGGCCUGGCGUGCCUCAACGAGUGGGCGUUGCACGUGAAGCUGGGUGCCUUCUUUGACAACGAGAUGAUGAAGGAUGCCCUGAAGACCGAGAACCCCCUGCUGCGCACAGAGCUGUUUGGCUGGCUGGCAGGGCGGCUGGCGGAAGAAGGCGUGGCCCGGGGGGCGGUGUCGGGGGCGGAGCUGGCGGCCUGCCUGCCCCAGCUGUACCAGUGCCUGGAGGACCGGAGUGGGGAGGUGCGUCGGGCGGCCCAGGAGCUCCUGCUGCCCUGCAUGCUGCACCUGGGCUACGAGUCCAUGGCCCGGGCCACCUCUAGGCUCAAGGCGUCCUCCAAGAGCCUGGUCACGGCCCAGCUGGACAAGGUGCGUCCCCAGCUGCCGGCCAGGGUGCUUCCCAAGGGCCGGGCGACCAUCGUGCGGGGGGGCAGUGCCCCGCACCCCCCGCAGCCCCCGGCCAGCGAGGGGGUCGCCUCCCCCGAGGAGGACCAGGGGCCCCGGCCCCCCAAGGGCCCCCCCAGGGGAGCCAGGGUGGCAGCCAAGCCGGCCUCUGCGGGCAAGCCCCGCAAGGAGGAGGAGCCCGACCUGGGGCCCCUGCUCGCGGUGAACGCCCUCAAGGAGCAGAGGAUCGCCUACGAGCGGGCUCUCAAGCUGCUCAAGUGGAACUUCACGUCGCCCCGGGAGGAGUUCCACCAGCAGCUGAAGGAGCAGAUGGUGACCGCCGCCUGGGCCCCCCACCUGGUGGCAGCCUGCUUCAGCACCGACUUUAAGAUGCACCUCAGGGCGCUGGACAUGCUCACCGAGUUCCUGUCGAGCGAGGGCGGCCUGGAGGGCACACGAGCCAGCCUGGACCUGGUGCUCAAGUGGCUGACGCUGCGCUUCUUCGACACGAACCCGAGCGUGCUGCUGCGCUCCCUGGACUACCUGCAGGCCCUGUUCGGGGCCCUGGCCGAGGCCGGCUACCGCAUGCACGACCUGGAGGCAGCCUCCUUCCUGCCCUACCUCGUGCUCAAGGCGGGGGACUCCAAGGACACGGUGCGGAAGGGGGUGCACGACAUCCUGCGGCGGGUGUGCAAGGUGUUCCCGGCCUGCAAGAUGUUUGGCUUCCUGAUGCAGGGCCUGGCCUCCAAGAACGCCCGCCAGAGGGCCGAGUGCCUGGAGGAGCUGGGCCACCUGGUGGAGGUGUUUGGCGUCUCUGUGUGUGAGCCCUCGCCCCCUGUGGCCCUGCGGGAGGUGGCCCGUCACAUCUCGGACAGGGACAAUGCGGUGCGCAACGCCGCCCUCAAUUGCGUGGUGCAGGCCUACUUCCAGGAGGGAGAGCGCGUCUACAAGCACGUCGGACAGCUGUCCGACAAGGACAAGUCCUUGCUGGAAGAGCGCAUCAAGAGGGCCUCCCGCAGCCGGCCCCUCCAGCCGACCCCCCCCAGGGAGGAGGUGCCCAGGGCCCCCCCCGCCAGGCCCCAGUCGGCCAUCUUCACUCCCAGCCCAGAGGCUCCCGAAGUGGUGCACAGGAGGCCCCAGAGUGGAGCGGGUGCCCGUCCACGAUCGGUGGGGCUGUUCAGCUGCGACGUGGAGAAGCUGGUGCGGGAGGCCGUGCAGCCACCCACGACUGAAGCCCGGCUCAGGGAGGUGGACACGGACGACAUCUUCGCCGCAGAGCCGGCCUUCCGGCUGCCGCACACGCGUCCAGGCGUGGGCGGGACUCCCGUGCUGCUGCGGCAGGGCACCCCCGACGGUGGCUCACUCAACUUUGUCAUGUCCCAGCUGGCAGCCCAGGAGAUUCCCACGGUGCUGGACGCCCUGGCACAGGUGGAGGCCCUCUUAGAGGCCGGGGAGGAGGGGGGCCUGGCCCAGCGAGGGGACCAGCUGGUGACGAUGGUGGCCCUGCAGUACCGGCUGCUCACCAACAAGCACCUGGGGGACGACACCCUGGCUCGUGCGGACGUGGUCACCCUCUACCUGCGCAUCUCCCAGCUCCUCUCCAAGGUGUUUGACGGAAGGCCCCUGGGGCGGCGGGUGAGCCGGGACAUCCUGCGGGACCUGGUGCCCCAGCUGCUGGCGGUGCUGAUCGACCGGCGGGUGGGCCAGCUGGGACAGGGCCCCCAGGUGCUCAGGGCCACCAACCUGCUCACCCUGAACAUCAUCCGCAACGGCCAGCCGACCUGCGUGCUGGGGGCCCUGAUCAAGCACCUGCACGACUGCGUGGCCAGCAUGAGCAUCACCGAGAAGUACCUCGACCUGGUCAUCAAGUGCCUGUGGAAGCUGAUGGGGCGCCUGGAGCAGUGUGCCCCGCAGCUGGACCUGGACCUGGUGCUGCUGGACGUGCACCUGUUCCUGCGGGCCUACCCGGCCCCCUUCUGGGAGGGCCGGCCCUCGGACACCCCCCUGCGCACCGUGCGCACCCUGCUCUACAAGCUGGCCGCCCUCGAGGGGCACCGGCUGCUGCGGCACGCGGAGCUGGUGGCGGGCCACGAGGACUCUGCCCUGGUGCACACGGUGGCCAAGAUGAUCAAGCUGCACGCGCGCAAGAGUGCGGAGCUGGCCGCCACGCAGCGCAGCACGCCGGGGGACGAGUCCUGCAACAAGGACAAUGCGGUGCAGCAGGAGUUCAAGAACGCCGUGCACAAGGCGGACACGGAGGGGCAGCUGGACGAGGGGGUGCAGGAGCUGCACCGGCUGCGGCUGCGCUUCCCGGACUUCGACCUGGAGGGGGUGCUGCGCCACCGGCCCUCUCGGCUGCGGGACCUGGUGCGAGCCCGGCUGGCGGAGCUGGACGGACGGCCGCCCGGCUCCAACGUGGCCCACGUCCUGCCCUUGCCCCAGGGGGACUCCAACCGCCGCCGAGGGACGUCUCGGGGUUCGGCCUUCCGUCUGCCGGCGGACCUCUCCCGCUGGGGCCCCAAGGAGUGGCUGGCACGCACCAGGGCCAUCCUGGACUACGGGGGCUUCGACGGCGGCGGAGUUGACCUCUGCCCCGACCUCGGGGCGAGACCCGACCCGGAGGAGCCCCUAGAGACGGCGAGGGCACGGCACGCCCGGAUGGUUCGGGAGAGCGAGGACAUGGCCACCAGGGUGGUCCGCCUCCUGGAGGGACAGCAGUGACUCUGCACGCUCGGACACUGCCCGCUGUACAGCGUGCUUCGCUUCACUAUUUAUUGCUGACUGGGGACUGGCUUUUUAGUAUCUAUGUGUUCAUUUCCUUUUGUUUCUUCCAUCCUUUAGAGCGUAAGAUGUACAGUAAGCGCCGUUUUAAUGCCUUUUAUCCCGUCUAUUAAAUGGAUGUGUUCUCCUUCAA